AUGUUGGAAAACACUACCGAGGUUGCCUCGGUUGCCUCGAACGAAAAGAAGAACUACGUCUCCACAGAGUCCAUAGGAAGCUCGCCCGAGGAGGACUUCUCAGAUAUCGACGAGCAGAAGUUGCGCCGCAGAAUCGACUACCGAAUUCUCCCGCUUUUUUCGGUAUUGUACUUGCUUAGUUUCUUGGACAGAACGAAUAUCGGAAAUGCCAAAAUCGAAGGGCUCCCGGAGGACUUGGGGCUCGUGGGCAACCAGUUCAACAUGGCCUUAUUGAUAUUCUUUGUCUUUUACGCUGUUUUGGAGGUGCCUUCCAAUAUCAUUUUGCACCGUGUGAAGCCUAACAUCUACAUCCCUACGACCAUGGUGCUCUGGUCGAUCGUCAUGACCUUGAUGGGAACCGUGAAGAACUACGACCAGCUCUUGGCCACCAGAGCGCUUUUGGGUAUUUUUGAGGCGCCACUCUACCCAGGUAUUUCCUACCUUUUGUCGAUGUACUACUCCAAAAAAGAGAUUCUCGUCAGACAGGCCAUUUUCUUCAGCGCUGCUACUUCCGCUGGUGCGUUUUCUGGUCUUUUGGCUGCGGCUAUUGCUCAGAUGGACGGAGUAGGAGGCUACGAGGGAUGGAGAUGGAUUUUCAUUCUCGAAGGUUUGCUUACUUUCGUUGUGGGUGUUGGUUCCUACUGGUGCUUUCCUUCUUACCCCAAGGACUGCAAGUUCCUCUCUGAAAAGGAACGCCGUUUCAUUGUUCACAAAGUCAAAUACUCCACCAACGCCGACACCAACAAAAUCACUGGUGACGAGGCUCCAGUGCCUACUUUGGCUGAAGACGAUUCCCGUGAUAAAUCUUACAUUUGGGCUGCUUUCAAGGACUGGCAGGUCUGGUGCCAGCUUUUGAUCAUCUACGGUAUCAACGUUCCACUUAACGCUGUGGCUCUUUUUGGUCCUACUAUUAUCUUCAGUUUGGGCUACAGCACCACCGAAUCUCAGCUUUUGGCGGUUCCGCCCUACGUUGUUGCAUCCAUUUGGUGUGUGAUCCAGGCCUACAUUUCUGGCAGAAUGGGUGUGAGAUCCCCAUUCAUGCUUUUCGAUUUCGUUUGCAUUGCUAUUGGAUUUGCAGUGUGUUUGGGAAGCGAUCCAGUCAGCAAACCCGGUGCCGUUUACGCUGGCGUUUACCCUAUCGCUAUCGGAUGUGCUGGUUUGCCGCUUUGUGUGAUUUGGCUUGCCAACAAUUUGUCAGGUUCCUACAAAAGAGCAAUUGGCAUUGCUUUACAGAUCGGUCUCGGAAACUUCAGUGGUGUCAUUGCUUCGAACUUGUACAGAGCACAGGACUCGCCUUACUACAAGUUAGGUCAUGGAUUGGGUGUGGGAUUUGCAGGUAUGGGUCUUCUUUUGACCUCUGGCGUGGCUGCAAGAUACUGGUAUGUUAACAAAAAGAGAAAGAGGGAGAUUGCAGAGGGCAAAUACGACCAACUUACUCCAGAGGAACUCAUGAAGAUGGGUGACAAGAGCCCGUACUUUAUUUAUCGGUUUUAG